CCCAUUAUCAGUUGAAAUUGACGAAUAUCAAUAUACGACUGAUCUGCGAAAACCGCCAGUGCAUACCGAGAAAGUGCAAUCGUCGCCAGUUGUGAUUAGUGCUUUCCGUGUUACACAGUAUCGUGCAUAGUGCCAAAACUCACUUUAGGGGAAGGAGCUCAAGACAGCGCAAUGGAGAUACCCCUCGAAAUUGCCAUUGGUAUUCUAUCGAUUGUAAUACUGUUAUAUCGUUGGGUCAUCCGCAACAAUGACUAUUUUCACGGGAAACCAAUUCCUUCGAUGGCAGUUCAACCUCUUCUCGGAAGCACGGGACCACUUAUCUUGAAAAAGUUCUCAACACCUGAAUAUAUGUACAACCUCUACUGGAAAUAUCCGAACACGAAAGUUUUUGGGCUGUUUGACGCACUGACGCCGAUCUUCGUCGUCAGGGAUCCCGAGUUGAUCAAGAAGAUCACCGUCAAAGACUUUGAUCACUUCGUUGACCAUCGACCAAUGUUCGGGAACAGUGAGAAUAAUAAUCCUUACUCUAUUUUUGGGAAAACUUUGUUCGCAAUGACCGGGAAAAAGUGGAAGAAUAUGAGAGCAACGCUGAGCCCUGCCUUCACCGGUAGCAAAAUGCGGAAGAUGUUUGAAUUGGUCAUCGAGUGUAGUGACAGUGUAGCGCAAUAUUUCUUAAAUCAGACAAAGGAAAUACAUGAGGUAGAACUGACCGAUUUGUGCACUCGCUUCGGUGCCGACGUUAUUGCAACGUGUGCUUUUGGCAUAAAAAUGGAUUCCUUGAGAGAUCCUAAUAAUGAUUUCUACGAUAAUGGCAAGAAGAUGAGCCGCUUUGAGCGAUUGAGUGUGUCAUUACGGAUGAUCGGAUUUAAGUUUUGUCCAACGCUGAUGGGAAAGCUGGGAAUCGAUGUCAUCGAUCGGAGUCAGGUACGAUUCUUCAGUGCUAUAAUCAGGGACGCCGUGCAACAACGUCAAGCCAAAAACAUCAUUCGUCCAGAUAUGAUCCACCUUCUCAUGCAGGCUCGACAAGGCACACUGAAGCACCAAGAUGAAAAGGAAACUGAUGAAGCAUUUGCUACGGCCAAAGAAUCAAGCAUUGGUAAAGCGAAUGUCACGUUCAACAUGACGGACCAAGAAAUGAUCGCUCAGGCUUUUGUAUUCUUCUUGGCUGGAUUUGAAACGGUGUCCACUACCUUAUCAUUCGUAAUCCAUGAUCUUGUCAUGAAUCAAGACGCGCAACAACGUUUGUAUGAAGAAGUAGUGGCUACAAAUAAUAUGCUGCAGGGCAAGCAUUUGAAUUACGUAACCCUACAAAGCAUGAAAUACCUCGAUAUGGUCGUUACGGAAAGUAUGCGCAUGCGACCAGCAUCACCCUUCAUGGAUCGAUUGUGUGUUGAGGAUUACGAGUUGGACGCUGGGCAAGGCUUGAAGUUCACCAUCAACAAGGGAACUGCCGUUUGGAUCCCUACCCAAGGACUACAUAUGGAUCCCAAGUACUACCCGGAACCGGAGAAAUUCAACCCGGAACGGUUCAAUGAGGAAAACAAGGUCAACAUUGACCCAAUGACCUAUCUACCGUUCGGAAUCGGACCGAGGAAUUGCAUCGGAUCACGGUUCGCUCUGAUGGAAAUCAAGGCCAUUGUGUAUUACCUACUGCUUCACUUUUCCUUCGAAGCCAACAGCAAAACUCCAGAUCCGGUAAUACUGCGUAAAGGUUUUACUCUCGUAGGUCCCGAAAGUGAAAUGUGGAUUGAUAUGAGAACCAGAUAGAGCCAGGUAUUGGUUAGAAGACUUGAUUUGCACUAUGGGGCGGCUCCAUACAAACAGAUGGUCAAAAAUAUGUUUGCGUCAUUUUGAUAAUGUCUUGCUCCUUUUCGUAAGGUUUAAGCCUUAAAUAUAUGAGAAACACGUCAUGAAUACUUCUAAGGUCUCCAAACUCCUAGGAAUUCAGUCCUACUAUAUCUAUAAAAGUUUUAUCGUAAAGUUUUGCACGUAAAGUAAAAAUGAUAUAUUGAUGUUUU